GUUAGCUCAGGGCUAAUCUUCCUCAAAAAAAAGAAAAAGAAAAAGAAACCCCUAACCAAAUUUGGAGUGCAUCAUAAACAAAAUUCCAUUAGGCCUGAAGAAGCUUCUUGAACUUUUGCGCAAUGUUUAAAUUCUAAAGUAUUAAGAAGAGAACUUUGAAAAUUUUUUGGACUUUAGAAGUAAGAAGGUGCUUUAUAUCUACAACCAGCUUCUAAAUUUAAGUCAGAAAAGUGGCAGCUGCUUAUUUUUGUUUUCCUAUUUAAAGGCUGACUCAAUCCUAAUCUUGGCACUUUUGUCAGAUUUAUGGAAUAAUGUGUGAUUUACAGAUCAUAAAGUGACAUUAUGAGAUCAUCUUCUUUACUCCCCAUUAGACCUCAGCCUAAGAACAUUCUCAACUACUUGAUCUUUGCUUUGUCCCAGUGAGCUAUGUUUUGAUAAUGGUCUCCUGAUCGAGUUAAAGUGGACAUGGAGGUGCCCAUGUAGUAGUUUGCAGCUUUUAGGGCACCACACAUUGUUAAAUGUUGAGUCAGCUUCCAUAGGGAGAAGCCAAUUUUUUCUUUAAUUUUAGUUGCUUUCGUUUUUGACCUUGCCUGUUAUUGUGGCUGCUGUUUGAGAAAAGGCCAACUGGAAGAGGGUCACCGAGAAUGAUGCCUUAAUAAUUGAAGCAGAGAAUGGAGAGUUAGAGAUUUGGUAUUCUUUCUCAGCUCAGAAACAGUCUUAUUAUGAAUCUGAUGCUCUAUGCCCAGGUCUCUGUGGCUGGGCUGCUCCAGCCUGGCGGACAGCAUGCCUUCGCUGCGAUGCCUGUAUAACCCAGGGACUGGCGCACUCACAGCUUUCCAGAAUUCCUCAGAGAGAGAAGACUGUAAUAAUGGCGAACCCCCUAGGAAGAUAAUACCAGAGAAGAAUUCACUUAGACAGACUUACAACAGCUGUGCCAGACUCUGCUUAAACCAAGAAACAGUAUGUCUAGCAAGCACUGCUAUGAAGACUGAAAAUUGUGUGGCCAAAACAAAACUUACCAAUGGCACUUCCAGUAUGAUUGUGCCCAAGCAACGGAAACUCUCAGCAAGCUAUGAGAAGGAAAAGGAACUGUGUGUCAAAUAUUUUGAGCAGUGGUCAGAGUCCGAUCAAGUGGAAUUUGUGGAACAUCUUAUAUCCCAAAUGUGUCAUUACCAACAUGGGCACAUAAACUCGUAUCUUAAACCUAUGUUGCAGAGGGACUUCAUAACUGCUCUGCCAGCUCGAGGUUUGGAUCACAUUGCUGAGAACAUUCUGUCAUACCUGGAUGCCAAAUCACUAUGUGCUGCUGAACUUGUGUGCAAGGAAUGGUACCGAGUGACAUCUGAUGGCAUGUUAUGGAAGAAGCUCAUCGAGAGAAUGGUCAGGACAGAUUCUCUGUGGAGAGGCCUGGCAGAACGAAGAGGGUGGGGACAUUAUUUAUUCAAAAACAAACCUCCUGAUGGGAAUGCUCCUCCCAACUCUUUUUAUAGAGCACUUUAUCCUAAAAUUAUACAAGACAUUGAGACCAUAGAAUCUAAUUGGAGAUGUGGAAGACACAGUUUACAGAGAAUCCACUGCCGAAGUGAAACAAGCAAAGGAGUUUACUGUUUACAGUAUGAUGAUCAGAAGAUAGUAAGUGGCCUUCGAGACAACACAAUCAAGAUCUGGGAUAAAAGCACGUUGGAAUGCAAGCGAAUUCUCACAGGCCACACGGGUUCUGUCCUGUGUCUCCAGUAUGACGAGAGGGUGAUCAUAACUGGAUCAUCGGAUUCCACGGUCAGGGUGUGGGAUGUAAAUACAGGUGAAAUGCUAAACACGUUGAUUCACCAUUGUGAAGCAGUUCUACACUUGCGUUUCAAUAAUGGCAUGAUGGUGACCUGCUCCAAAGACCGUUCCAUUGCUGUAUGGGAUAUGGCCUCCCCAACUGAUAUCACCCUCCGGAGGGUGCUAGUCGGACACCGAGCUGCCGUCAAUGUUGUAGACUUUGAUGACAAGUACAUUGUUUCUGCAUCUGGGGAUAGGACUAUAAAGGUCUGGAACACAAGUACUUGUGAAUUUGUAAGGACCUUAAAUGGACACAAACGCGGCAUUGCCUGUUUACAGUACAGAGACAGGCUGGUCGUGAGUGGUUCAUCUGACAACACUAUCAGAUUAUGGGACAUAGAAUGUGGUGCAUGUUUACGAGUGUUAGAAGGGCACGAGGAGUUGGUGCGCUGUAUUCGAUUUGAUAACAAGAGGAUAGUCAGUGGGGCCUAUGAUGGAAAAAUUAAAGUGUGGGAUCUUGUAGCUGCCUUGGACCCCCGUGCUCCUGCAGGGACUCUCUGUCUACGGACCCUUGUGGAACAUUCUGGAAGAGUUUUCCGACUUCAGUUUGAUGAAUUCCAGAUUGUCAGUAGUUCACAUGAUGACACAAUCCUCAUCUGGGACUUCCUAAAUGAUCCAGCUGCCCAAGCUGAACCCCCCCACUCCCCUUCUCGAACAUACACCUAUAUCUCCAGAUAAAUAAUCAUACACUGACCUCAUACUUGCCCAGGACUCAUUAAAGUUGCAGUAUUUAACGUAUCUGCCCAUACCAAGAUGAGCAACAACCGUAACAGUCAAACUACUACCCACUUUCCCGGACUAGCUGAGGAGUGGGACUUUGAGACUCCUGUUGGGACACAGUUGGUCUGCAGUCGACCCAGGAUGGUCUACUCAACACAGCUGACUGCUUCCGUGCUGCUAUCAGAAGAUGUCUUUUAUCUUUCGUGAAUGAUUGGAACUUUUAAAUCGCACCUCCCCUCCCCUUCUCCUGUCCCCUCUACACUUGUUUUUUCCUCAUUUGGUUCCAGACAAAGAUGACUUAUAAAUAUAUUUAGUGUUUUGCCAGAAUCUCUCUUGCUUUGCCAUUAAGCAGAAGAACUAGUUUCCCUAUGUAGCCUACUGGGAGAUACCCACUUCUAGGGGACAGGGGGAUAUGACUUUAAGCCAGACAGCACCCAGUGUCUCCAUGUGAACUGCGGGAGUGCCCAGCGCCUGGCAAGAUCAGCCCUGCCCUGCUAUGCUUAGGAGGAGACAGCUGUCUGUGUAGCCUCUGGGGCAAGAAAGAGAAAACAAGGAUGCACACACUGGAAGAUCUGGGCUUGUUUCCUUUCAUCUUUUUCUCUGUUUCUGUUCCUCUUCCCCCUUUGCCCCUCUCCCCUUCAAGCUGUUUCUCUGCUUCACCUGAGAAGAAAGAGUAUGAAGAGAGUGUCGUCAGUUGGCGUGAGGCAAAUCAGCUAGAAAAUGUAACACUUGGAAGAGUUAAAUGUGUUCAGCCAAAAUUUCAAACCCAGGCUUUUGCUGCAAGUGACCCUAAGUGGCAACAAUGGAUUCUCAGACAUGGUACUCUCAUCAUACUUGCAACUCUUCUCUCUUCUCCUCCUAGCACGGCCCCCGGCCCCCCACCCAAAAAAAAGGGAGGGGGCAGAAAUUUCCUGGGCUCCAUCAAUGGCUGCAUCUUUUCUGGACUCAGCAGUCUCCUCGAUUCCAUGUAGAGUGUGGAAAGCAGUUGCUGAUUGCAUUUCCUCUCAUUAACAAUUAGAUGUGUAAUAAAAAGCAUUGUACUUCAUCUUAAAUCACUGGUAAAGCUCAGCCUACGGAAAGGUUUGAAAUGGCCAGAGCCAGUCGCUCAGUGCGUUCUGCAUAAUGGUUCACGUCUCUGAUUUCCUCAUCAGGGCUUGUGAGCACCCAGGCGUCUAUAUUUUGCCAAGACCACUAUCAGAAUAGCUCAAGAGGGGUGGUCAGGAGUAAACGUUGAUUUCUUUUUCAUUUAGACCAGUAAAUAUCAUCUCUCAGAAUUCAGGCUAAUCAUCUCAACUUUGCACUGCAGAACUUUCCUUCUGCUUUUCAGUAUUUACAAAAGGCAAAGCUGCCAGAGAGAGAGGAUCAGGGUGAAGUUUGGCACACAGGGUUUAUUAAUGAGGCAGAAACUGCCUUCUCUUUCCUUUUCUUCCUCCUCCUGGCCUUAUUUUACUCUCCACUCUCCCCAGUCAAUAAAAUUUCUCUGGCAGUUGGUGAGCAACAUAAACAAAUGGACCUCAGCAAGGGCCAGGCUAACCUGGCCACUUGAAAGGGAGCUGUAUGGGCUUCAAGUGCAGGGUGCGGGUGCCGCCCCGAGCUGGGAGCACAGGGGCUACUAUGAGCGUGUGCUCAACUUGUGUCCCAGAGCAGGAGUGGACGUGCACCAGCAUGGGCACGCUCAUCGAAGGCCUCAAGGCCACAGUGCAGUCUCAAGUUUCCCUUCGAAGCUGAGCAGUCAGGCCCAUUGUUUCUGUUCCUAAUUAAAGCAGUUGAGUAGAAGAAAGCCCCUUUUUAACCAGCUGCUGUAAAAACAUCAGAAUAGGAGCUAGCUGCAGGUGACCUCAAAGCCAAGCCACCUUUAGUUCAGCAGAGGAGAAAGGGCAGAGAAAACCAUCUUCACUCUUCCCUCUGAUUUGCAAGAAGGUGUCCUCUUCCCAAAAUGUGCCCAGACUGAAUGUUGUUAUUUCAUAUUGAGAGGCAGAUUAUGCAUAUGCAUUUUUCCUUUCCUGCUUUAUGAGUGCUUUUUAGCUUUUAGUUCCAGGUUAUAUUCAGAAAAUAUUUCCCAGUGUAAUAAUAUGUCAUUGCCUGGGAAAUAUUUUCUGAGUAUAAUUCCCUUCCCAACUGCCCAAAUGCUACAGAGACAUGUUUUCUAUUUAGCCACUGUCAAGGUUCCUUGUCUAUUGUGUUGACUGUUAAUGGCUUUGUGAUUGGUUGAGGAUUGUGCUACAGAGGAGGCAGAGUGCCAUCAUCAGCCCUGAAUAACACAGGUCAGACAUUGAAGAGGCGUGGAUUUCAAGCUGUUUCAAAAUAUUGUCCAAUAGCCAUAACUUUACUAGCCCUUUUGUUAUAUGCUGCUAUUCAAAAGUGGGAGCUGUUGAAUAUUCAUUGGUGCCUGGGGUUUUGCUCUCCCAUCUAGGUUCAGUUGAAGGUGUAUUGUUUCUAAGACUGUUUUGAAACUUGUCCAGUACCUCAUAAAUGAGAUCGAGGGUGGACCCUGCAGUCUGGAGCCAUUAGCUCCGUCAAGGAUAUUCUCCAAGUUGUCCUUUGCUGCCGAUGGAAAUGGGAAUGAAGUUAAGUGGUCUGAAAAACUUGAGUCAGUCACAUCUCUCAGCUCUGGGGGUCAUUUACCAGUUCAUUGUAGAAGAAAUAAUCAGGUAAGUAGAAGUUCAUUUCCAGAGAAGGUAAACCCCACUUACCAUCUCUGCAUGAUUUCAGUGGGAAUUGAUUAUCACUAAUCCCCAACUGGGCUAGAAUAAAUGUAAAGUUUGACCUUUUUAAAAAGGAAGGAGAAACAAAGAAAGUCUCAACACAUUGAAAGGAUUGGUAGAAAGGAGCUGAAGGUGUCUCUGGGCUCUGAAAUGAAAUGUCUCCAUUGUAGAUUAGUCUCUUCUCACUAAAAUUCAAAUGUGGGCCUGAAAGAAACAUUUCUUAAAGAUGGGAGGGAGCUCUUCCAAAGGCGGGCAAGGAGUGUGUGCCUGCACCUCCACCUGGCAGUUCUGUGGGCACGUGCGAGCUCUGUUCCCACCGGGGCUGCUUAGACAAAACCAGCAUGCCUUGCUGCACGUAUGUGUAUUUCCACCACUGAGAACAUCCUUUUAUGUGCAAUUUGAAAGUGGACGUGAGUGUCCUCUUUCGUGGGACACCUUCUACACUUGUAAAGGGUAAUGGGAAGGGGAGGCCUCUUACACUUGUCCCUUGGCAAAAUUCUCUCUGGUGACUCUUCACCAGAAACUUCAGUGACAGGGACCCUUUGGACCUCUAUUGACAAGUAAUAAAGUCUGGCCCUCAUAACUUGUUUCUGAAUUGGAAAAGACCUUGGGACCCCUAAAUUAUUCUGUUUUCUGCUUGAGUAAGAAAAAUCCUUUUUAUUUUUCUUUUGUAAAAUCAAAAGCUGAAGAGAUGAAAGUAUGCACUCUUCUCCUUUGCAGUCUCCUGGUGCCCAUAGGUCUGAACAGCUAUGGUCGUCUCCUCCUUGCUUAACACUUGAUUGAAUGUGGAAACAAAGGGCUUGGGGUAGACGGGGUGGAGAGUAUUGGAAAUAAUUACGGCAGUUCUUUCUUUCCUAGAAUUAGAUUAGAUACCUUGGUAUUGUUGGCCUUCUUGGCAUCUUCCAUUUACCUUAGAUGGUAAUAUCUUCCUGCCUGAAGUGGGAGCAUUUCAACCCAGAAUACUGUAUGCCUGAGAGGCUAGGCUGCAAGCUUGAUUCUGGAGGAAUCCAAGGUACUUCCAGAUGGAAAAGGGGAUGUUGAGAUACCCACCGCCUGUGACCAUCAUGCUCUUUGAUGAUCAGGUUUACCAUAUGACUUUAAUCCACAUUUCUGAUCUCCCUCCUCGUUUGGAUCAGUUCAACAGACUUUCUAAGAGCUGGAGAACAUGAAAAGGUGCCCUUGCUUCUCCUUGCCUUCCUCUCUUACCUCCUUACCUCCUAGAAUAAUUCUCACUUCUAACAAGUUCACCCAAAGCCUACAGGCUAAGUUAAUCUCUCUGGGCUUCAUCCACACACAGCUGAUCACUAACAGACCAGAUCCCCUUACUUUAUCCACAGUCUCGACAUAAUCAGUGCCAGGAAGACCGGCAUCUCUUAGGGGAAUAAAGCUGGGUUUUGCUUCUUGUUCUUUUUACCUGUAGUUCAUUUGUGACUUCAGAAUCCUUGGAACUGAGGAGAGAAACCAAAAAAGCAUGACUAUGGCUGCCUGAUUUCAGUUGGAACUUAAUGCAUUGAUACCCAGAAAACCUUUUCUGUUGGAAGUUGAAUACCUAUGAUCUAAAAUUUCAUGGAGGCAGAUGACAUCUAAACGCACCCAGCUGGGUCUUAAGCUCCUGAUUGGCUGUGUGUGUGUAAGGAUCAGUGUAAUAAAUAGCACUAUAAAUGUCAAUGCUCCUCUGUCCCUUUCCCUUUUUGGACACUGAAGGAAAAGACCAACAAGAAGGGUCAGACCUCUGGGUACCAAGGAAACUAACAGCUUCCCAAAUCAGUGAUCACUCAAGCCCAACCCAGACUGUUCUGAGGGAUGUUCGCUGGACUCCACUAUGGGACAGGCCUGGCAACAAAUGUGAGCUUCCCCAAGAGCUUUCUGUUGAUUCAGCCUUUGUUCUCUAGACUCUUAAGUGCUGACUGCUUUGAAUUUUGUGAUUAUGUUACGGUGAUGUGUAGUCAAUGUACCAAUAUGUUCACAACCUAGGAUCAUGGUAAUGUAGUGUGUUUUGGUUUUUUUAACUGUUCAAAAAAAAGUAACUUAAAUUACAAAUAUAAGAUUAAAGUGAAUUUUUUAA